UUUAAAAAUACAUACAUUUGCUAAAGUCUUAAGCUUAGGCCUAUUCAUUUGCUUUUCUAAAUGGACUGCAAUCAGAAAUGAUUUCAUGUGCUGUGGAGUCCAGUUCCUUCUGAUUUCAUGUGCUGUGGAGUCCAGUUCCUUCUUACAGCAGUUCAAGAGAGCUGAGUGGGAAGCUGUGGAAAACCACCUGAUAAAUCUCACCUACACUGCAUUGUUUGAAAUGCCAGGCAAGACUAAUGGAAGACUGGAAUGGAAGGCUUGGUAUAAGGGAAAUUUGGAUGUGAAUAUGGUGAUUAUUCUGUCAGAGGGAAUGCAGAGGGCAACUAACGUUACCUACCAGGCUCAUCAUGUCAGCAGGAAUAAGAGAGGCCAAGUGGUAGGAACAAGAAGUGGUUUUCGUGGAUGCACAGUCUGGCUAACAGGUCUGUCUGGUGCUGGGAAGACUACAGUGAGCAUGGCACUGGAGGAAUAUUUGGUAUGCCAUGGCAUCCCGUGCUACACGUUGGAUGGUGACAACAUUCGCCAGGGCCUUAAUAAGAAUCUGGGCUUCACACCGGAAGAUAGAGAGGAAAAUGUCCGUCGGAUUGCUGAGGUUGCUAAGCUGUUUGCAGAUGCCGGUUUGGUGUGCAUCACUAGCUUCAUCUCUCCCUAUACCCAGGAUCGUAAUAAUGCCAGACGAAUUCACGAAGGUGCAAGUUUGCCCUUUUUUGAAGUAUUUGUGGAUGCUCCGUUGCACGUCUGUGARCAGAGAGAUGUUAAAGGACUGUACAAGAAAGCCAGGGCUGGAGAAAUUAAAGGUUUUACCGGGAUUGAUUCAGAGUAUGAAAAACCUGAAGCCCCUGAGCUUGUGCUGAAAACUGAUUCUUGUGAUGUGAAUGAUUGCAUACAGCAAGUUGUGGAGCUCCUUCAAGAAAGGGAUAUUGUGCCAGUGGAUGCCUCUUAUGAAGUGAAAGAGCUCUAYGUGCCUGAGAACAAGCUGAAGUUAGCCAAAACCGAUGCUGAGUCUCUCUUAACCUUGGAAAUAAACAAGGUGGAUAUGCAAUGGGUGCAAGUGCUAGCAGAGGGCUGGGCAACGCCACUGAAUGGCUUUAUGAGGGAGAGAGAAUACCUGCAGUGCCUUCACUUCGACUGUCUCCUUGAUGGGGGUGUUAUCAAUCUGUCCGUGCCUAUAGUGCUAACAGCUACCCAAGAAGACAAGGAAAGACUGGAUGGAUGUACAGCGAUUGCCCUGGUGUAUGAAGGGUGCCGCGUGGCCAUCCUCCGUAAUCCUGAGUUCUAUGAGCACAGGAAGGAGGAACGCUGUGCAAGGCAAUGGGGAACGACGUGCAAGGAGCAUCCAUAUAUCAAGAUGGUUAUGGAGCAAGGGAACUGGCUGGUGGGUGGAGAUCUGCAGGUCCUUGACCGUAUUUAUUGGAAUGAUGGACUUGAUCAAUACCGUCUCACUCCUGCUGAACUUAGGCAGAAGUUCAAGGACAUGAAUGCUGAUGCUGUCUUUGCAUUCCAGUUACGCAACCCGGUGCACAACGGGCAUGCUCUUUUAAUGCAGGAUACUCACAAGCAGCUUUUGGAGCGUGGUUACCGGCGCCCAGUUUUACUCCUGCAUCCGCUCGGCGGUUGGACAAAGGAGGAUGAUGUUCCUCUCAUGUGGCGCAUGAAGCAACAUGCUGCAGUCCUGGAGGAGGGAGUCUUGAACCCAGARACGACGGUGGUAGCGAUAUUCCCUUCCCCCAUGAUGUAUGCCGGACCAACUGAGGUUCAGUGGCACUGCAGAUCACGGAUGGUUGCAGGAGCCAACUUCUACAUUGUAGGGCGAGAUCCAGCGGGAAUGCCGCACCCUGACACUGGGAAGGAUCUCUACGAGCCAACCCAUGGUGCCAAAGUGCUGACAAUGGCCCCCGGCCUCCGAGCGCUGGAAAUUGUGCCCUUCAGAGUUGCAGCUUAUAAUAAGAAAAAGAAGUGUAUGGACUAUUAUAACUCUGAGCACCAUGAAGACUUUGAAUUUAUAUCAGGGACCCGCAUGCGCAAGCUGGCUCGAGAAGGACAGAACCCGCCAGAAGGCUUCAUGGCUCCCAAGGCCUGGACUGUGCUGACAGAAUACUACAAAUCUUUGGAGAAGGCUUAGGCCUCUUAUUAACUGCAGAUCAACCUUUGACGCCUGAUUUAUUAACAAGAAGGGGACCACACAGUCACCAUUUGUGUUACUUUGUUGUGGUGUCUGCCAGGAAGUUUUUCUCUGAAAACAGACUCUUUCUCCCUAACUUAGCAUCAUUCUUUGCUGUCCUUAUGGAUUCUAUUAUGUGCUGGCACCUAACUAACUGCUGGUUUUAAUGUCUUCUCUUUUAUUACAGUUAAUAUUCUUGCAGUAGGAUUUUUAACUCUUGUCUUUUUUAUAUUUUACUGCCUCUGUCCUUCGAGUUCUGCAGCUGUUAAAUUGAUGCAGCUUUUUCACAUGUUAUUUAAGCUGUUGGUUAGUUUUCGGUUUUAGUAGUUUGUUGGAAAAAAUGUAACGGUUAGAUCCUUUAAAAUGAAUACAUGCUCUAUAAGUGAAGAAAGUAAAUAAGAAAUAUUUAGUAUACUUUAACAAUAAUUUUAAAUCUUAUYAGCAUCUCCAGAAACAUCUAACUUUAAUUCCUUGCUAUGUAUAAUCAAAAAGCAGAGUUCUAUAUGCAGUGUAAUUAAACUAUAUUUUUUGCUUUUAUUUUUGUUUCUUUGUUCAGUUUURGAGUUUGAGUUGUCUGGUGCUUUCCUUUUACUGUGAAUCAGUAAAGUUGGAGAAGAUGGUCAAGUGUUGACUAAAAGAAUAUAUCUAGUUUCCCCUUUUAAUAGAUAAUGAAUCCAGAGUUUUUAAGGUCUUUUUCUUAUAUAUGCUUGUUGACAUGGAUGUAACAUCUAGUCAGUAAGGGAAUGUUUUACUAAUUCGAUUUAACUUUUGCCAGUAUUGGGUGGUGAAUAUACUUGUUGAGCCAACUGCAAUUUAAAAAUAAUGUAGGAGAUAUUGGACACAAAUCCGUAGAUUUGCACGUUAUGAAGUCAUUUUCACCUUUUGAAAUGAAAUCCAGAAAAUAAGUGGGAGUGAUGAACAGUAAUAUGAAUCAUCCUGUAGAGUUAGUUUGGAAGCAGUAAUGUCUGCAGGCAAAUUAAGAGUGGUGACAAGAAAUUCUUAGCUGAUGCUGUGCUGAGGCUCUGUUGUGAUAGCACUUCUUGAGACCUGCCCUUGAGGGACUCUGUAUUUAAGAAGCUUUCAGGUUUUUCCUAAUCUUAGACAAUAGCCAUGACACUGCCAGUAUAAUGGUGAAUAAGAACAGGAGAGGAGCACAUGGUUAAUUUGCAGGCAGGACUUGCUCUGGGUAACAGUAUUUUCUUGUGGCAUGUGCAWUUUCACUGUACAGUUCUCAUUUUUCCUUCUAACUGGCUCUUUUAAGGAAAUUGUACUUAACUGAAAGAGCUACCCUAGAAAUAAUUUCUUUUUCCAGUGUCUCCCUUUUCUCUGGGGUUCCUUUAGUUUCUCUUAGUGGAUAACAACAUUAGUUGGCCAAUCUUAAUGUUGUUUCUCAUAGUAGGUUCACCUUAAUAAGGUGCUAUGGUUUUUGAGGCUAUUAUUGGAUGUCUUCCAGGAGAAAGCAACAGGCCUAAUGAGGUAAUGGUGGAUGUACCCAGCCUAUCUUCACAUGUGUCUUUCCACACCUGCACUUUCUCCAAAGGAAGAGAAAUAAUCUGAAGGACAUUUAAAAUGUUCCUUUUCACUAUAUUCUAYAGCUGCCUUGAUCUUCCUUACAAACAGUCCCUUCCCUGCUGCUCGUGCACAGCAUAAAAUGACUAUUAUCUAUGCUUUUUGUACAAUCCCAGGAUGAUGGUUGACUUCUAGAUGAUCAUUUUGAUGUAUUGGACACGUGAUGUACAAAGGUAAUAAGACUUGUGAUCCRUAUAAUGCAAGGACGAUGUGAAUACAGCUUUCCAAAAUACAGGAGGAUUAAUGAGGUAGGUGGAGAUCACCAAACUCUAAUCCUUGGACUUAAGUAAGUGCUGCAAAAUUACUGCAUUUCCUAGGUGAAGUGAUUUGGUCCAGAUGACUCCGAUUCUCCUAGUACAUAUGAGCAACUUGAGGAAAAAGUUGAGUUUUUUUUCUAAAGAAUCCCAAAGCUAAUAUUGUGUGUGUGUGUGUGUGAUCCAUAUGCUGAUGUUUGAUUAUCAUGAAUAUUCAGAGUGAUAUUUCAAGGCAGGAUCUGAGGAUUAGGAUGGAAAAAUAGUUGAUGAAUGCUGAAGUUGCUGGCUUCUAGCUGGUCUUUCUAAUUAUUUUUCAGCAGAGGACCUAAACACAACCAACUCGGUAGUACAGCAGACAUAGGAAAUGCAGAACGAGUAGGUCACUUUUUUUAGACACAGUUUGGAGAUAAGCAAGCUUCUACAUCUGGAGUAAUUCAAUAAGAAUCAGGAGGAGGUAGAAAGGAAUUGAAGUUUUGGAUGUGGGGUGGAAGAGGGUGGGUGUAGAAAUAGAACAGAGCUAUCAUGGGGCUGUGUAGCCAGUACUGUGAGUGGUUUGAAUGUGAAAUUCCCUUGCAUUUUUUUAUUUUCUUAAUUUUCAGCAAGCUACGCAGGUGGAACACGUGGAGGUUUAAACUUUGUCAGUUCGUCAGGAUUGCUGUAGCAUACAAAGUAGUCCGAAUCCAUUUCCUUUCCUUAAGGAUUAAAGGUGUUAAUCAAGAUCGUCUUCCCUUUUUAAAGCUAACAACUUCAAAGACUAGUUUGUGUGUGUCGCUUUCAGAAUUUACACAUGCUUCUUGUGUCUCCACACA